UCGGGCAGACUUCGGAGCGGCGGCCGGACGCGCGCGGGCAGCGGGGCAGCGCGGCGGCCACAUGAGCCAGAGCCGGCGAGCCGGGCAGCGCACAGACAUGGUCCCUGAGAUCGCGGCCGCCGUGGGCUUCCUCUCCGGCCUCCUGCGGACCCGGGGCGGCGUGAGCGAGCAGAGGCUGAAGGUGUUCAGCGGGGCUCUGCAGGAAGCGCUCGCAGAACACUACAAACACCACUGGUUCCCCGAGAAGCCGUCCAAGGGCUCCGGCUACCGCUGCAUCCGCAUCAACCACAAGAUGGACCCCAUCAUCAGCAAGGUGGCCAGCCAGAUCGGACUCAGCCAGCCCCAGCUGCACCAGCUGCUGCCCAGUGAGCUCACCCUGUGGGUGGACCCCUACGAGGUCUCCUACCGCAUCGGGGAGGAUGGUUCCAUCUGCGUCCUGUACGAGGCGGCCCCGGUGGCGGCCUCCUACGGGCUCCUCACGUGCAAGAACCAAAUGAUGCUGGGCCGGAGCAGCCCCUCCAAGAACUAUGUCAUGGCCGUGUCCAGUUAGACCUCCGGUGCCCGCCGCCCGCCAGCAGGCCUCUCUCUGCAUACCUCAACCUGGGGAACUGUAUUUUAAAUGAAGAGCUAUUUAUAUAUAUAUAUAUUAUUUUUUUUAAGAAAAGGGGAGGAAAAAACAAAAACCAAAAGAUUUUUUUUUUUAAAAGAGAAAAAAAAAAUCCUUCAAGGGAGCUGCUCCAAGUGACUUCCCCAGGUGCCUUCGGAGAGUUGUAUGUUUGAGUCUGGACGCUGGAGUCCGCCACCCGUGGUGGGGGGCAGGGCUAGGGAGGAGACUGGGAGAAGCCGGGCCUGUAUCCCAGGGGCGAAAGGGGAAGCCGACAGAGGGAGCAACUGUGAAGGAGGGGGCAGGACCUUUCCUGGAUGGAGAAGGGCCCGUCGCCGCCCGUUCUCCCCUGCUCACCUGCCCACCUCACUCAGGGCCUGGGCCGACACCCCAACUAGCUGUUGCCUCAUCUUCUCUUCAGGUCCUGGGCUGAGCCGGAGGCUGAGGGAGCCUCUCUCUUCCUUCUGCCUGUCCUAACGCAGCUUUUCUGGAAACCGGGACGCGUUUUGAAUUCUAGCUCAGGGUUCUGCGGAGGCAGCUUCCCAGCCAGGAAUCUCGGGGUGUUUGGGCUCCAGGGAGGACGGAGGAUUUGAAGGGGUCCGUGGUAGAUGGGGGGGGGAGGUUCUCUGCACAGCCCUUUGCUUUACCGAGUGUGCAUCUACGUGGAAUGUUGGGACCCAAAGAAUAUCCACCGGGGACGUUUUCAUCUUUUUUGGCCAAAACCUAUUUUGGAGCCACACAAAAUUCCCGUUGCCAUUUGUCCCUUGGCGAGGUGGCUGAAAGCUCCCGGGAGCUCCACAUUCCUUCAAUACUGCCUUCUCUCUCAAAGCACAACACUCCCCCCGAGGCUCCCUGCACUUCUUUCUAAUGGGGCUCUCACGGAGUGCCCCGGACCCAGGACCAGGAUUCUCGACCACUGUGCAAUAUGGUGUGCGGGUCCCUGGAGGCUCUGGAUAGCCUCCCGGGGCCCUGCUGGGCCGGGGCGCCGUCUCCCCCUCUCUGAACUCUGGCUGACUGGUCAGCCUUUAAGGGAUCCCUUGGCUCUGAGGGAGCAUGCCCAAGUUCUGCAGGACUACAUGGUAGCUCCUGUAGCCAAACCUUGGGCAUUGCUUUCUCUCUCUCUCUCUCUGGUGCUCAGAGCAUCUGCGGGCAAGGUUGCUUGUCCCUUUUAGUACAAUCCAAAUUUGUCUAUUAGACUUGUGCAAUAUUUGCUGUUCUGUGUGGGAGGAAAAAAAAAAAACCAACAAAAAACUCCACUGAGAAUUCCCCUUUAUUUCUCAGUGGCAUGGGUGAGGGGUCCUGAGAAGGCCUUGAGUUUCCCGAACUUGAGUCACCAUAAAGAAGGCCCUGGCUAGAGCAUGUGGACAGCCAGCCAGGCUGCCUGCUGGGGAAGAGCCUUCCAGCACCCCCACCCCUUCCCGGGGCUUCUCUCCUGUUCUUCACUACUCAGUCCUGACACAAAGGUGCUAUCUACCAAACUCUCCCCCUACCCCUUGGUUCCUGCCGUUGCCCGCCUUCUCCGUUCUCCAGAUUCCGAGCUGCCUUUCCUGCUUCGUCUCAGUUGCUUUAACUUGAACUUUGGGCCCACAGACCAGGUGCUCCCGCUGCCGCCUGUGGGUUGAAACCAAGCUGUGAAUGGCUGCAGUGGCUGUUGUGUCGUGUCUGCAGACAAGCUCCCUGCCUUUCCUCCGCCGCCGCCGCUGCCGCGGGGUCUCUUGCUUCAUCUUUUGUCUCCUCUCCUUUCUGAUGUUCACUUUAAAAACAAAACACCCAGAGCUGGACUGUUGAGCAGGCCUGUCUCUCCUAUGAAGUAAAAAUAAUAAAUAGUUUGUUUGUAAGCUAUUCUGCCUGAGAAGACAAAGGUUACUAAUUGUACGAUAGUGUUUUUAUAAGGAAGAAUGUACAGCUUUAUGGACAAAUGUAUACUUUUUUUUUUUUUGGUACUUUAAUAAAAAUGUAGCA